UUUUUAUCAUUUCUAAGUUGUUGUGCUAUUGUCCAAUGUAAAUUUCCUUCAAUGUUAGACUGGUGGACAAUACGAUGGUUUACAGAGGUCAUAGUGUUGUUUUGGUGACCAAGCCAUCAUAAUAAUUGAACAAAAUGUUUUUUUAUACCAGUACUGCUUUAACUUUUUAUACAUUUUAUUAUGAUUGAUCAUUAUGGAGAACAACGGCAAUAUUAAUAUUAGCUUUUGUGUUCAGCUGGCGAUGUUGUAAUUUUGCUCACGGUGUCGCCAUUUGCCAGUUUAUGGAAAGGAUUUCCACUCCACCCUCUUUUGUGUAGACUAUUUUUCAGCUGCCAUUGCUCUUUUUAUUCAACCAGAGUCGAUCGGGAAGGCUAUCGUUUAUAUUUUGGUUUAUACCUACAUACAGUAUAAUUAUCACUGGAUCUGAAUUCGCAGUACACUCGAUUCCUGGAGGUUUUGCCAAGAUGCGUCUUCAAACGCUCUACCUCGCUCUCUUCUCAUUGUGUCAUGUCGCGAAUGGGGACGUGAACUAUUCAUUUCAGGAGGAAAUUAAACGCGGAUCACGGAUUGGGAAUAUAGCGAAGGAUCUGAACCUGGACUCUAGCAGACUGUCUUUGAGAAAUGCCCGUAUUGAUGCCACAGGGAAUCGGAAACGAUACUGUGACAUAAACCUAAGUACUGGAGAUUUAAUUGUUGCCGAAAGGAUUGAUCGAGAGGAGCUCUGUGGAGAAAAGCUGUCCUGUGUAAUAAAACGCGACCUAGUCCUGGAGAAUCCUCUGGAGCUGUACCCUUUUAGUCUGCAUGUUCAAGAUAUUAAUGAUAAUUCUCCACAAUUUAAUGACGAGACCAUAACUCUAGAAAUUCGGGAGUCUGCAGUCAAAGGAGCUCGUUUUGUGAUCGAAGAGGCGCAUGAUGCAGAUGUAGGACAGAAUUCAGUUCAGCAGUACAGCCUCAAAAAGAAUGAGAAUUUCGUGUUGGCCACUAAUGGAAACACAAUCGAGCUCGUUCUUGAUAAAGAGCUUGAUCGUGAAAAACAGCAGAACAUUGAUCUGAUCCUUACGGCUCUAGAUGGUGGCUCCCCUCAGAGAUCAGGAACCGUAGUUAUACACGUCACUGUGCUGGAUGCUAAUGAUAAUGUACCAGUGUUUAGUCAGAGCGUUUAUAAAGCAAGUCUGCCUGAAAACUCUCCUCUAGAUACGGUGGUAGUGACAGUGAGUGCAACUGAUGCAGACGAGGGAGUAAAUGGAGACGUGACUUAUGACUUUGGACAUGUUUCAGAGGACGUGAAGAAAAUAUUCAGCAUUGACCGUAAAAGUGGAAACAUAAAAUUAAUUGGAGCAAUUGACUUUGAAUCCGUUGCAACAUAUGAUUUGCGCGUUAAAGCAAAGGAUGGUCUAGGAUUGUCCUCAUAUGCAAAAGUGACAGUGGAUGUCACUGACGUUAACGACAACGACCCUGUAAUAUCUGUUAAAUCUCUGACAAGUUUAGUACCUGAGAAUGUUUCACCUGGUACCGAGGUGGGCAUCAUUAACGUUCAGGACCCAGAUUCUGAUGGUAAUCAACAGGUUCGCUGCUCCAUCCAGCAAAAUGUUCCAUUCAAAUUAGUUCCAUCCAUUAAAAACUAUUAUUCUCUGGUGACCACAGGACAACUGGACCGUGAACUAGUGUCUGAUUACAACAUUACCAUCAGUGCCACUGACGAGGGUUCUCCUCCUCUGUCCUCCUCUAAAACCGUUCACUUAUCUGUAGCUGACGUCAACGACAACCCACCUGUGUUUGAGGAACAGUCGUACAGCGCAUAUGUGAGUGAAAACAACAAACCUGGCUCCACCUUAUGUUCCGUUGCUGCUCGAGACCCGGACUGGAGACAGAACGGUACCGUGAUCUACUCUCUGUUACCUGCUGAGGUGAACGGUGCCCCGGUGUCGUCCUAUGUGUCAGUGAACGGAGACACGGGGGUGAUCCACGCUGUGAGGUCGUUUGAUUACGAACAGUUCAGGAGUUUUAAAGUGCACGUGAUGGCCAGAGACAACGGUUCUCCUCCUCUCAGCAGCAACGUGACCGUCAGUGUGUUCGUGUCGGAUGUGAACGACAACUCUCCUCAGAUACUGUACCCCGCCCCGGAGGGCAACUCGUUCAUGACCGAGCUGGUCCCCAAAGCUGCACACGGAGGCUCUCUGGUGUCCAAAGUCAUAGCGGUGGACGCGGACUCCGGACAGAACGCCUGGCUGUCCUAUCACAUAGUCAAAUCCACUGAUCCGGGACUUUUCACCAUCGGUGUCCACAGCGGAGAGAUCAGGACGCAGAGGGACGUUUUAGAGUCUGACAGCAUGAAGCAGAACCUCAUUGUGUCGGUGAAAGAUAACGGACAGCCCUCUCUGUCUGCCACCUGUUCCAUGUAUUUACUGAUCUCUGAUAACUUGGCUGAGGUGCCAGAACUGAAGGAUAUUUCUUACGAUGAGAAGAAUUCCAAGCUGACGUCGUAUCUGAUCAUUGCUCUGGUGUCCGUGUCCACGUUUUUCCUGACCUUCAUCAUCAUCAUCCUGGGUGUGAGGUUCUGUCGUAGGAGGAAGCCCAGACUGUUGUUUGACGGAGCAGUAGCCAUCCCCAGCGCUUAUCUCCCUCCUAAUUACGCAGAUGUUGACGGCACGGGAACUUUACGCAGCACUUACAACUAUGACGCCUACCUGACAACAGGCUCUAGAACCAGUGACUUUAAGUUCGUGUCAUCCUAUAAUGACAACACGCUGCCUGCUGACCAGACUCUGAGGAAGAGUCCUUCAGACUUUGCUGAUGCUUUUGGAGAUUCGGAUGGUUCUCCUGAGGUAGGAAAAAAUUGUGUUCGCUUAGUAUUUUCGUAA